ACACUUCCAAAUUCAUUGCUCUGUGUCAGCCGUUCGAUCAAUCACACAACCCCACAAAGCAUGAUCCCCGUGUCAAGGGCGGGAACUCACGCUCAAAAAACCCUCUCCCUCUCGCUACAGCGCUUCUAACCCACACCCACAUUUUCCCGUAUCUCCGUUGGAAGCCGAACCCCUAAUCCAAGAUUCGCUGCAUUAUUCGAAGGCAACGACAAUGCGCGAAGCCGACGCCAAUGCCGCGCAACGCCUUAUCUCCGACAUCGGCAAUCAACUCGGCGCCCUAAAAUCCCGUCCCAACAAAGACCUCCUCGUCAAACUGCUCCGACAAGCUGCAAGUGCUUUGCCAGAGUUGGAUCAGCUGGCAUCUCUAAAACCUGCUAUAAAGCCCCUGAGUGAUUCUCUUGUUCAGCACCACCUACUUGAGCAUAAAGAUAAAGAUAUUAGACUUCUGGUUGCAAUCUGUUUUUGUGAAAUUAUUCGGAUCCUGGCACCAAAUCCUGAUUUCACAGAUUCUGUGUUCAAGGACAUUUUUAAACUUUUUCUUAGUUUAUUUGUGGAGCUUGCAGACACAAAGAGCCCAUAUUUUUCAAGGAGAUUAAAAGUAUUGGAGACUGUUAACAAACUCAAGUUUUGUGUGCUAAUGUUAGACACAGGUUCUGAAGAUUUAGUCCUCAAAAUGUUCAAUACCUUUUUCAAUGUUGUAAGGGAACACCACCCACAAAGUUUGUUCACUGCAAUGUCAUCUAUAAUGGCUCUUAUUUUGAAGGAGAAAGUUUCUGAGCCACUUAUUGAUGUGAUUUUACAAAAUCUUUUGAAAGAGGGAAAGGGCGCAUCUCCUGCUGCUUCUCAGCUUGCUGUUUCUGUCAUUGAAAAUUGUGAAGUAGAGCUUGAGCACCAUGUUCGUGAAUUUUUAAUUUCUUGUAUACUGAACAGAGAUGCAGUCCGGAGUAUACUCAAAGAAUUUUACCAUGAAAUUAUUUUUGAAAUCUUCCAAUGUGCUCCUAAGAUGCUUCUGGCUGUUAUUCCUAGUUUGACUCAAGAAUUACUGGCUGAUCAGGUUGAUGUCCGGAUAAAAGCUGUUAAUUUAAUUGGAAGACUUUUAGCACUUCCUGGACAUCGUAUUGUGAAGGAAUAUCACCCUCUUCUUAUUGAAUUUCUGAAAAGGUUCUCUGAUAAGUCUGCUGAAGUUAGACUAAGUGCUCUAUCAUGUGCUAAAGUUUUCUACACAACCAAUCCAUUGGGGACCAAGUCACUUGAAGUUCUCACUGCUGUUGAGGGUCGACUAUUAGAUUUUGAUGACAGAGUGAGAACCCAAGCAGUGGUUGUUGCUUGUGAUUUAGCCAAGGCUAACCUGAAAUUUGUUCCACCAGAUUUAAUAUAUCAGGCUGCAGAACGACUUCGUGAUAAGAAGGUAUCUGUUAGAAAGAAAGCCUUGCAGAAGUUGCUGGAAAUUUAUCGUGAUUAUUGUUCAAAGUGUUCUGGAAGUUCGAUAAAACCAAUAGACCACUUUGAGCAGAUCCCAUGUAGAGUACUGAUGCUUUGCUAUGAUAAAGAUUGUAAGGACUUUAGGCCUCAAAACAUGGAGCUUGUGCUUGCAGAGGAAUUGUUUCCUGUUUCUCUUUCAAUUGAAGAGAAAACAAGGCAGUGGAUCUUGUUAUUCUCACUUUUCAACUCUUCUCAUUUGAAAGUUUUGAACAUCAUCUUAUCUCAGAAACGAAGGUUGCAAGCUGAGAUGCAAGUUUACUUAUCUCUGCACAAAAAUGAAGAGAGUUUUGGUUCUGAAGAAGUGCAAAAGAGAAUUCAAGCAUCUGUAGCAAAAAUGUCAGCAUCCUUUCCUGAUUCCUCCAAAGCAGAAGAAAGCUUUCAUAAAUUAAAUUUAGUGAAAGAUAAUAACAUUUUUACCACAUUGGAACAAUUGUUGGAUGAAGUGGCUAUAAAAGACACUGAGACAAAAAGAGACAAUUUUCUGAGAAAGAUAGGGGAUAGACAUCCACAUUCUGGUUUUCUAAAAUUACUCACCACAAAGUGCUUGUUCAAUAUAUUUAGUUCUGAGCAUGUCCACUGCAUUCUGGAUGGUCUUUUGAAUGCAAAUUUUGGGGAUGAUAAUUUGGAGGAUUCUUCCAUAAAGCUUCUUCUGACCAUCAUAUGCGCUUUCCCAUCACUCUUGAAAGGUUCAGAAAAGAAGUUCCAGUUGUUGCUAUUAGAAGGCAAAAUCCCUUUUAAUGAAGAGCUGAUUCAGAUGCUAGCAAAAGAAGGUCCUCAUAUUCAUAUCAAACUCAGUGAUAUUUACCCUUCACUGGAGAGGUGGUGUCUAGAAGGAACUCACUCUCAGUCCAAGCUUGCUAUUUCUGCAAUUGCUGCUUUGUCUGGCACUCCUGAUCAACACAUUUUCCCAGAGUUAUUGAAGACACUUGUAGAUGCUCUGCAUUGCGGCCAUGUUGAACGGAAUAUUCAGACUGUGUUGCAGUCAUUGGGUUGUAUUGCUCAGCAUUCUCCUUCAACAUUUGAAAGCCAAGAACAAGAGAUCAGUAAAUAUAUAGUUGGAAAAAUUUUCCGAUCAACUGAUGUGGAAAUGUUAAAUAAUCUUGAUUCAUUUAAUGAUACUUCAGGCAACAGUAUUUCCUGCAAAUUGAAGAUGAUUGAAAGGAAAAAGAGAAUAGGAACUCACAGAGAAGGAUCAAGACAGCUUUGUAUUUCCUUUGAGAACAAAUAUGAAAUAGGAAAUAUAUUUGGUCUUAAAGUACUUGUCAAGAGUUUUUUGCCUCAUCGGACAACUCAUGCUAGGCAUGAUGUUAACCAUUUGCUGGACCUGUUAUCAGAAAUGCUAGAGAAGGGUUAUGUUUCUGAUGGUAGAAUCUCACGUGAAGUUGACAAGGCCCACAUCAGAUUAGCUGCUGCAAAAUCUGUUCUCCGGCUUUCAAGAAGAUGGGAUUUGCAUAUUCCACCACAUAUCUUCCGUCUCACAAUUCUAAUGGCCAAGGCCUCUUUAUCUUUCAUACGCAGAUCAUUUAUUGACAAAACAUACAAGCUCUUGAAGCAGCAUGCUGUACCUAGCAAAUAUGCAUGUGCUUUUGCAUUUUCUGCUUCGGAUUCGCUAAACGAUCUGCAGGAGGAUUCUCUGAAAUAUAUGGCAGAAUUCAUAAGGGAGUAUAGCAGAAAGUUUAGAAUUUGCCAGGCUCCUAAUAAGCAGCUAGGAGUGACUGAGCACCCUGCAUAUAUUGUGGUAUUCCUGAUCCAUGUUCUUGCUCAUCAUUCCGAUUUUCCACCUGGAGAUUGUGAAGAUGAAGAAAUAUACUCUCAGUUUCUCAGUCCACUUGUAUUCACUCUGCAAGCUUUAGUUAAUUCUAGUUCUGUGGAUGGUGACAUGGAUUUUGUCAAUGGUGCUGUCUCUUGUCUGAGAAGUAUUUUUUAUGCUAUUAUGAGAGCAGAGGAUGCUGUUGAUGUUCAUAAAACUCCCAAAUUGCAUAUUCUAGCAGACUUUGGAAUUUCCAUAUUAAAUGAAUUCAAUCACAGUGCCAUCCCAGUUUCACAUACACUGCGUUUGAUAUUGUUGCCAUCCUCAUUGUACAGAAUAAGUGCUGCAGGAAAAAGAGAGGAGUGCCAUUUUAAAGCAAAAAUUGCUAAGAGCGUCAUUUCUAGUUUUCAAUCUCAGAUAUUUCAGUCUUCUAGCAUGUUCGUUAAGCAUGGCAAGAAAAGCGAGGGGGAUGUUUCACAGACAGGCAUUAAAAAGUCUGCACUGAGGAAGAAUGAUGAUUCCUUUAUAAAUGUGACAAAAGAACAAAGUGGAAUCUUUGUUCAUGGAAAGGAGACUCAUGAAACUUUGAAUCAGGAAAAUCAAACUAAACAAAGAAAAAAGAGGACUCUCUCUCCAUCUCCUCCUGGAUCACUCGAAUUGCACAAUGAGUUCUUUAUAUAUGAUGAGCAAGAGGAUGGUGCAUUGGGAAAUUCUGAACCAGUUAUUGCAAGAAACCAGCCUCCAUCUUCUUGUGAUUCUGUGACUAUAAAAUCCUCACCCAGUCUGCAGGAAGGUUUAAAAGAUUCUGCUUCUUUGAUAUUAAAUCGCACGGUUAGAAAAUCUAACGUUGCUGGGGAUCAUCCUUCCAAGUUUACACGAGCUGCAGCUUUUUGUAGCUUAAAGGAUGGUAGAAGCAAGAGUCAAAAAUUAGUCGGAAAGCGGAUAAAAUUAUGGUCCACGGUUGGAGAAUGUUACUACUCAGGCACAGUGGUUGGGUUUGAUUGCGGCAAAGAUACUCACAAGAUCUCCUAUGAUAAUGGAGUGGUUGAAGUUGUAAGUUUGAAGACUGAAAACUGGAAGACUAUAAGCAUCGACUCCCUACCAGAAAAGGAACCAAACAGCUCCAAUUCAGAGCAUUGUGAUUAUGUUCGUGAUCAAUCCAAAAUGGUUGAUCCAUCUCCAGAUGGUGUUUCUCAGCAAGGACAAUUUUCAAAUAAGAGAAAGGGAAACAUCUUAAAGAAAGGGAUUCCUUUGGCUGGAAAGGAAAAUAAGGGACAUAAAGUUUCUAUAGACACAUCAGCAUCAGAAGUCAUCAAUACGAAUGAGGAAUCUUCUGGUAAUGCGUAAAUUCCGUUUCCUUUUCUUCAGAUUGCUAGAAGAAACCGGAGGAGAAAAUGAUUUAUGUUUUCAUUUAGUUAAAGCUGCAUACUUCUAGACUGGAACAACACGAUGUAUUGAAAGUAUUAAUCAUUUCUCUUGUGCGUAUUGGAAGCCAGCCAGCUCCCUUUGCCAUUUACUCUGAAUUUGAGGUGUGAGUUAUGUAAAUUUUAAAACGUUGUAUCUACUGACAUUUUUUGAGAUCUUCCCUAAAAUUUAAUGACCAACUUAUUGAUAGAUUGAAUGACAUUCUGGCU